UCCUCAGAACAAUAGUAGAUAUUCCAGUUUUAUAGAUUUAAAAGAAACGAAGGCACAGAGAGGCUAACUAGCCCAAGGCAACACAGCUAGUAAAAAGUACAGAGCUAGCAUGUAAACCCAGCUGGCACCAGAGCGCGUGCUCUUUAUCACUAUAUUAGACUUACUACCUUUCUAAAUCUCCAUUAAAAACUGUUCUCACUUUAUUCCCUACAAUCCUUAUCACCCCCAUGUCCCCGUCUGCCUGGACCGUAGCUGAUAUCCCAGGAAAAUCACAUAAGAGUGUUAGGUCUCCAGAGAGUAGACGGAGACUUGCCACCAUCAAAAGGUUGGACUCUGUAUUUGGAUUUUGCUGAACUGGCACUGUCUUUGAACCUGGAAUUUCCAAAGUGAGAAUGAGCUGUAGGGUAUGCAGUGGGGGAGCAGCAGAACUAUGGUCACCCCAUCAAACCCUUUCCCUGUGCUGAAACGAUAUGGGCCAAAACAGUAGUCAAGCCCAGCUGGCCUGGUUCAGUGGUUGAGCAUCGACCUAUGAACCAGGAGGUCACAACUCAAUUCCCAGUUGGGACACAUGCCUGGGUUACAGGCUUGAUCCCCAGUGUGGGGCCUGCAGGAAGCAGCCCAUCAAUGAUUCUUCCUCUCCCUUCCUCUCUGAAAUCAAUAAAAAUAUAUUUAAAAAAAAAAAAAAACAGUAUAAGGAUACCUAGACUGUUGGGUAUGAGCCAAAUUCUGGAUACCAUCACAACACUGCUUUGCAGGUAUACCAUUUCCAUCUUGGAUACCAAGACCAGGAGCGCUUUCAGAGUAGCACCUUGCCCCUACCCCCACUUGCCCAAGAACCCUAAUGAUCCCAACCAUACCAUAUCGGUCCCUCCAAACCAGGCUUCGUGAUGGAACACGGGGAAAGCAUCAAGGCAGCUUCCAGUGCCACAUCCUGGCUUUGAAGAAGCCCCUGCUUCUGCAUUCACCUCUUCACAGUUCUCAGCACAUUCCUAGACUUGAGGGAGGGAGACAUUCCAAGUUGUUAUAAUUAGAGCAUGUUUAUAUGUGUGGGGGUGAGUGCAUGGAGGAAAGGACAGAUGUCUCCUUGUCACAUCCCAUCAUGAAGUAGGAUUUGUCUAAGGAGGAGGCAAGGACUUUAAAAAGCCUUAGUACUCUGGUGGGAAGCACCUUCAAGCAAAGAGCCAUCAGCGCAACUGUCCCCGCGCCCCUCCUCGACAGACCAUGGACUUCCAGGCCGGCCACUGGAUCCGCGAGCCCCAGAGCCACACGUGUGGGCCGCGCCCGGGAUGCCCUGAGCCGCCUCCCCGCCGGCCCUGGGCCGCCAGGGUGCUGCAGGAGGCGACCAACUGGCGGGCGGGGCCCCCAGCCGAGGCCCGAGCGCGGGAGCAAGAGAAAAGGAAAGCGGCAUCGCAAGAGCGGGAGGCCAAGGAGACCGAGCGAAAAAGGCGCAAGGCUGGUGGGGCCCGAAGGAGCCCCCCGGGUCGGCCGCGCCCGGAGCCUCGGAACGCCCCUCGGGUGGCACAGCCUGCAAGGCUCCCAGCUCCUUCACGGCCAGAGCGCCUGGGGCCGGUGGGGCGACCGCCCCGUCCAUCCGCGCAGCCGCAGAGCGACCCCAGGGCGGCGUGGGUGGGGCCCUGGGGAGGUCGGAGGCCAGGCCCCCCCAGCUACGAGGCUCACCUGCUGCUGAGAGCCGCCGCGGGGACGGCCCCGCGACGCCGCUGGGACCGCCCGCCGCCCUAUGUGGCUCCACCUUCUUACGAAGGACCCCACAGGACUCUGGGGGCGAAACGAGGCCCCGAGCCCUCCCAGGCGCCCGUCUCAGCAGCCCCUGCUCAGACUCCGGCCAGGACAGAGGGAGGGGGCACAAAGAAAAGGCUGGAUCCUCGGAUUUACCGGGACGUCCUCGGGGCUUGGGGUCUUCGGCAGGAGCGGGGUCUCUUGGGGGGAUCCCCGGGCUCUGGAACGGCCAGGCCGAGGCUGGAGCCCCGCCAGGGGGCCGCAGAGAAAAGCCGGGGGCCGGCUGCUGGCCGGAACAGUGGCGUCGACGGCCACACCCGCGCCAAGACUGCGGGGGACCCAGGCGGGGCGGCGGCUCCUGCGGGGUCUGCCACGGAGACCCCCAGCCCCCCGCGUCCCGCCCCCAGGUCCAGGCCCCAUCUCCAGGGCCCCGGGAAAGGGAAAGAAGGUAGAGAACAGAACUGGCUCCCCAAAUCCUGGAUUCCCUCCCUUAAAAAGCAUCCGCCUCCGCAUAGCCAGACCCUCCCCAGACCCUGGGCUCCAGGAGGCACGGGGUCGAGAGAGUCCCUGGGUCGUAGAGAGAGGGCCGGCCCCUCGGAGGGUUGGCAGGCCGCCCGCCGCGCCCACACCCUGCCCCGCAGCUCCAGCGGCCCUGCUCGUGGAGAGGGUAUUUUUGUCAUUGACGCCACGUGCGUGGUGAUAAGGUCCCAGUAUGUCCCGACCCCUCGAACCCAGCGCGUGCAGCUUUUGCCGGCUGGGGUGCCCCGCACUGUGGGCGAUGCCCCCAGCCCACCGAAGCCCAGCAAGGAGGAGGGGGAGGCGGCCCCGGCCUUGCCUUCCCCUUGCCAAAAGCUGCUGUCCAGCAGCCGCCUUUCACAACAGCCACCCGGGGGGCGCGGGUUCGAAGCUGAGGGCGGGAAGCCCGCGGAUCCCUCUUUGGAGGAGCGCGCCUCCCGCAUCUUGGGGCUCCCGGUGGACGAAGUCCACCUGCAAGAUGCCCCCACGCAGCCAGGUAGCCUGGGGCGCUCAGUCUCAGGCCCAGCGGCUUCAGGAGGCGCGAAUAGCGCCGAGGGUUCAGGGGGAGUGGCGGGGGUCCCCCGGCACGCGGGGCGGGGCUGGGCGCGGACCCCGGGGCCCUACGCCGGGGCCCUGCGGGAAGCCGUGUCCCGCAUCCGCCGCCACACGGCCCCUGACUCGGACUCGGACGAAGCUGCGGAGCUCAGCGCCCAUAGCAGCUCCUCUGAUGGAAGCGACACAGAAGCCUCCGGCGCCCCCUGGCGGAGUGAGCGAGCCGGGUGCCGCGAGGGCGGGAAGACCACACAGCGGCACGACAGCCUCCGAGAGAUUCUGGAUGUCAUCAGCCAAACCGGGGAGGCCCUUUCUGGAGAGAGGAACACAACGGGGGCCCCACGGAGAAACAGGGAGCGGCAGUGAGAGGCUCUUUGUUGUAUUUGUGCUUCCCAACCCAUCCAUCCUUGGGCCCACUGGCCCCCGACUUCCUCACAGACUUCCUUGUACCCCUUACCUAUUCCGGUUCCCAUAACCCAAAAAGAAGCCGCCCAAAUGAAAGGAAAGGGAACAUAUGCUGAUUUGUAAUUUUUUAAAAAUCCUCGCCCUAGGAUAUUUUCCCAUUGAUUUUUAGAAAGAGUGGAAGAGAGGGGGAAAGACAGAGAGAAACAUCUGUGAGAGAAACACAUUGAUUGGUUGCCUCCUGCAUGUGGCUGGACCAGGGCUUGGGCCAGAGAGGAGCCGGCAACCGAGGUACGUGCCCUUGACCAGACUCAAACCCGGGACCUUCCUUCCUCAGGCCGACACUCUAUCCACUGAUCCAAACUGGCUAGGGCUGUAUUAAAAAAAAAAAAAUCAGGAGGGGUCAGGUGAACAGUAGACUUUAAUGCCUGCUCCUUUCAGGUCACGCUGGUAAGGGCUUCAGCAGAGGUAGCUGCUGCCCUGGGUGCAGAGUGGAGCAGAGAAGCCUGCCCAAGAGGAGGCAGGAGGGUAGGAAUGGUAUAGUCAUGGGAGGGCAACUUCAGGGAAGGGCCUCUGGGCAGGAGGGAGAAAGUGAUGGAGAGGCUUUGGACUGAAGUGAACAGGUGACAGAGAAGCCCUUGGCAGAAGAGGAGGGAGUCCAGAAGCAGCCAGCAAAGCAGGGAGAGGGCUCACUUUGAUGUCACAAGUCUUGGGUUCCCGUCCUAACUCUGACACUCGCUUCCUGGGGCACCUUAGGCAAGUCGCUUUCCUUCUCCAGGCCUCCUAAUAUGUAAAACGAAGGGAUUCUAAGGUCCAUCCAUGUCGUUUUGGAGCCUUUGGGGAAGGUUUUAUCUCAUCCUUCCCUUCACAAGCCAAGAAAGAGUUAGAAUAGAUGAAUAGAGUCUGCGGGUUUCUGGGUGGCUUCAUGGUCACCAGCACUCAUUCUCAAUUCUAGAGACUGUCCAGGGUUUGCAGAAGAGCUGAGUAAAUGGGCUAGGGCUCCUAUCCCAGUCUUUCAGGUUUAGGGGAGGGUUGCCCAAGGCAGGGCAGGACGGUGGCCUUGUCACUGUCCCUGGCCUGUGGUGGUCCAAGCAGGAGAGGGAAGGCAGACAGUCAAUCGGCGUGGGACCUCUUCAGACCUUCCCCUUUCCUCCUCCCCGGUGUUUCUUAGUGAUGCUCUGAAUCGUUGCCAUGACUUUCCACCCAGGUGGUAUCAUUCAUCUGAAAGAAUCCUGAGAAUUUCUUGCAUCUCUGCCUCUUCCAGAAACUGCUACAGAAGGAAGAGGGAGGCGGUCCCAAAAGCCUGUGGGUAUAGGUGUGAUCCUCGCUGUAGCCACUAUGGGGCGCGCGCAGGUCGCGGAUUUCCCCCGUAGCUAGUCCGCGAGUCCUUCCUACUCCCACAGGCCAGUUAAUCAAUUGAUCCCCAGUUAAAGCGCGGGGUCCCGUCCCCAGCCUUGCCGCCUCCAGGUGUGCGAGGUCGGGAGCAGGCCUCUGAAUGAGCCCCUCUUUGUAUUUAUCUGGCUUGGGACCCAGACUCUGAGGUCUUUUUUGCUCUCUUACCUUGGACGCCUCCUCUCUAUUUACUAGCCAUGUGAACUUGGCCAAGUCACUUCACCUCCCUGAGCCUCACUUUCCUCAUCUGUCAAAUGGGGGUAUAGAAACACCUACCUCGCAGGGUUGUUGUGAGGAUUUAAUGCGAUAAUGUAUGUAAAGCGCCUUGCACAGUGCCAGGCACACGGUAGGCGCUCAAUAAACCUAAGCUUCCC